ACCGGAAGUUCUUGCCUUCUAGUGGUCACUCUAGCUUUGGCUCUGUCGCUUUUCAUUCGUCACCAGGAGGGAGACGGAGCUGGCUGCCCAGCCCAAAGGCCCAUUAGGGGGAUGCAGUUAUGGGCGCUGUCGCCGUGGGUGAGUUCUGGUCCCAAUGACUCGCAGUCAUCGCUCGCGUGACUUCCUCUGCUCGGAGAGCCCGAAUUUCCUGCUGUGAAGUCGUUCUCUUGUCGCAGGCCCCUCUUCUUCAAGCACGUUACCCAUCCUCGGCCCGGCACCGCGUUGUCAUUGGCUUUAUGUCCUGUCAUUUCCAGGAGCUGGCCAAUGAGUUGCCGGUGGUGGCGCCUUUCUCGACCUGGUGGACCCCGAGGUUCCCCCAUGGGUGCGGAGCAGUUGGACUGAGAGGGAGGUGUGUCGCGCUCCGCGCCACUUGGGGCACCCUGCGGGUUGGAGCUGGGGCUGCUGCCGCGGCCCAGUGAUGGGUCGUGGGAAAAGCAGGACCUAACCGAUUCAGUGCCCCUCGGAUAGGAUAGAUCUGCGCAGAACUUAAAAGCCCUAUUUAAGACCUGCUGGCAAAGUUUUCCAGACGCUUCUAUUUUUAGUGGAACCGAGCAGGCACGGGAAGACUGGGAGGGCAUAGAUGGUAGGGAACUGAGCCAAUAUGAGAACCGGCAAGACCAGCUUUGGUUGGAAUUUUCUGUGGAGUCCUGCAAAGAGUCAUUUGGCUAAGAAGCUAAGUCUCAUCUGAAGAGUCGCCUGAAAAACUUAAUACGAUGCAUUGAUGUUUUAUAACUGAUGGUACCCACAGCUCUCUCUUCUCGUGACUCAUUAGACGCCCUUUAUACUUGUCAACAAUUUAUUGGAACUCUUUCCACAGCAUUAAAGUGACUCUCCUACUGUCCUCUGCCUGCAGCAGUUACAGUUCGUCUUUCAAGUUUCCCUUUGGAGUCUGGGCUACUGCCGUCCUCAAACGAGAUUCGCUAGUGCCGUCUUCACUGCUGCAGACUUCAUCCUUUCCCCUUUUCUUUUUCGCGGGAACUUGGUUGCUUGGUUCUUAUUGUACAUACCUUUGCGUCUUGUAAUCAUCCUUUUGCCUCAGAUUGUUAUUUUGUGUCAGUAAGUAAUCCAUAAAGUGCCAACAUGGGAAAGAAACGGACAAAGGGAAAAACUGUUCCAAUUGAUGAUUCUUCUGAAUCUUUAGAACCUAUGUGCAGACACCUUAGAAAAGGAUUGGAACAAAGUAAUUUGAAAAAGGCUUUAGUGAAUGUGGAAUGGAAUAUUUGCCAAGAUUGUAAGACGGACAAUAAAGUGAAAGAUAAAUCUGAAGAUGAGACGGAAGAAAACCCCUCAGUUUGGCUAUGUCUUAAAUGUGGCCAUCAGGGCUGCGGUAGAGCUUCCCAGGAGCAGCACGCUCUGAAGCACUAUUUGACACCAAGAUCUGAACCUCACUGUCUGGUUCUUAGUUUGGACACCUGGAGUGUAUGGUGUUACCUAUGUGAUGAUGAGGUCCAGUAUUGUAGUUCCAACAGACUGGGUCAGGUGGUUGAUUAUAUCAGAAAACAAGCUGGUAUUACAACUCCAAAAUCAGCGAAAGAUAAUGGCAACGUUGAACUUGAAAAUAAAAAAUUAGAGAAGGAGAGUAAAAAUGAACAAGAGAGAGAAAAAAAGGAAAACAUGGCUAAAGAAAAUCCUCCCUCAAAUUCUACUUCCCAAAUAACUGUGAAAGGACUUAGUAAUUUGGGAAAUACAUGUUUCUUCAAUGCAGUUAUGCAGAAUUUGUCACAAACACCAGUGCUUAGAGAACUACUAAAAGAAGUAAAAAUGUCUGGAACAAUUGUAAAAAUUGAACCACCUGAUUUGGCACUAACAGAACCCUUAGAAAUAAACCUCGAGCCUCCAGGCCCUCUUACUUUAGCCAUGAGCCAGUUUCUUAAUGAGAUGCAAGAGACCAAAAAGGGAAUCGUGACACCUAGAGAACUCUUUUCUCAGGUCUGUAAAAAAGCAGCGCGGUUCAAAGGCUACCAGCAGCAAGACAGCCAGGAGCUGCUCCGUUAUUUAUUGGAUGGGAUGAGAGCAGAAGAACACCAAAGAGUGAGUAAAGGAAUUCUUAAAGCAUUUGGUAAUUCUACUGAAAAAUUGGAUGAAGAACUAAAAAAUAAAGUUAAAGAUUAUGAAAAGAAAAAAUCAGUACCAAGUUUUGUGGACCGCAUCUUUGGUGGUGAACUAACUAGUACAAUCAUGUGUGACGAAUGCAGAACUGUCUCCUUGGUUCAUGAAUCUUUCCUUGAUUUAUCUCUACCAGUUUUAGAUGAUCAGAGUGGUAAGAAAAAUAUAAAUGAUAGAAUUCUGAAAAAAACAAUGGAGGAUGAAGAUAAAGACAGUGAGGAAGAAAAAGAUAACGACAGCUACGUAAAAGAGAGAAAUGACAUUCCUUCAGGAACAAGUAAGCACUUACAGAAGAAAGCGAAAAAGCAAGCCAAAAAGCAGGCCAAGAACCAGCGAAGGCAACAAAAAAUUCAAGGAAAAGUUCUUCAUUUAAAUGAUAUCUGUACCAUUGACCAUCCUGAAGAUAAUGAAUGUGACGUUGAAAUGUCACCUCAGGGAGAAGUGGAUAUUAAAUCUGACCAUAUUUCACAAGAGGAAGGUACAAAUACAGACUAUUGUGUUAAUCAGAAAGAUUUGAAUGGCCAAGAAAAAAUGACAGAAAGUGUAAUUGACAAUCAAAAAUCCACAGAGGGAGUAGAUCUGAAACAUGUCAUCGUGGAUAAUGAUGGGGAGAUUUUGUCAUCUUCUCCCAGUAAAUGUGCUAGGAACCUAAAUGGUGUGUUCCAGAACGAAGGGAGCAAUGGAGAAGUGGACAUUUCCAGUGGUUUGAAAAACCUUCACUUGGAUGAUGCUCUUCAACCAGAGGAAAUAAAUAUAGAGAUUCUGGAUGACAGUCAUACUGGGACCCAGGUGUAUGAGGUUGUAAACGAAGAUCCAGAAACUGCUUUCUGUACCCUUGCAAACAGGGAGGCUUUCAGUACUGAUGAGUGUUCAAUCCAGCACUGUUUGUAUCAGUUCACCCGAAAUGAGAAACUCCGAGAUGCGAACAAACUGCUCUGUGAGGUGUGCACGCGGAGACAGUAUAAUGGACCAAAGGCAAACCUGAAAGGUGAAAAGAAACAUAUUUACACUAAUGCCAAAAAGCAGAUGCUCAUUUCUCUUGCUCCUCCUGUUCUCACACUUCAUUUAAAGAGAUUUCAGCAGGCUGGUUUUAACCUACGCAAAAUUAACAAACACAUAAAAUUUCCGGAAAUCUUAGAUUUGGCUCCUUUUUGUACCCUUAAAUGUAAGGCCAGGGACACUUCUGCUGGUAAAAAACCUUUGGUUGGAUGUUUUGAAUACAAGAAUGUUGCUGAAGAAAAUACAAGGAUACUGUAUUCCUUAUAUGGAGUGGUUGAACACAGUGGUACCAUGAGGUCAGGGCAUUACACUGCCUAUGCCAAGGCAAGAACAGCGAACAGUCACCUCUCUAAUCUUGUUCUCCACGGUGAUAUUCCACACGAUUUUGAAACGGAAUCAACCAAAGGGCAAUGGUUUCACAUCAGCGAUACACAUGUGCAGGCUGUACCCACCACGAAAGUACUCAACUCACAAGCGUACCUCCUAUUCUAUGAGAGAAUACUGUAACGAUUUCGGAAAGUGCUUUCUCUGGAAACAUUCAUGGCUUUUAUAAUGGCUGUAAUAAUAAAGAAGUAAAGACUGACUGUAAGUCAUGUUCACUUAAAAUGAAAUGCCAGAAGAAAUCAUGUUUAUUGAAAUAUUGAUGGGAAAAAUACCUAUAAAUUUACAAUGACCUUGUA